AUGAACAAUGAAGAGAAACUAGCCCUGGCCCCAAACGAAGUUCUUUGUGCUACCAUUGGAAAGAUCUACUCUGCAGAGACUGGCGAGGCUUCUUCAUCACAUAUUUCCUAUAUCAUCAAACGGGCCAGUCUUUCUAUGCCAGUUGUGCUUUGUGCUUUAUAUCUAGCCGUAUCAGCUCGAGAAAAGGCUGCCCAGUACAUAGGCAGUCUCCGUGAAGAAAUGGAAGCCCAUAUCUUUCAACGGGAAGAACUUCAAAAGAAGAUAGAUACCUGCCUUCAACUUUGCGAGAACAGUGCGACUCUCUUUUCUAUUUGCCUAAUUAUAGCCUCUAAAUACUUAGUAGACCGCGUUUACAUCAACCGUACCUGGGCCAACAUUCUUAUGAUGGACAAGUCCCAAAUUAAUGCCUACGAACGUAUUCUUCUCCAUGUCUUCGACCACAACAUAGACAUCUCCGAAACUUCCCUUAAAUUCGUCCUCCAAAAAGUCCACCGCUUCUCCUACGUCCAUCCACCCAAGAAAGAAGGCAAACUCCUCCGCACCCUCAAGAACCUAGCCGCAUGUCUCUUCAAACGUCCUGAUGCCAAGCACUAA